AAACAAGUGUGUGACGACAUCGGGCGGCGGCUGACGGUCCUGGGGGACGCGUGGGCUCAGGGGAAGCUGUCGGCCCCAGUGAGGAAGAGGAUGAGCCUUCUGGUGCAAGAGCUCCAGCAGCAGCACUGGGACACGGCUGAUGAGAUCCACCGCUCGCUUAUGGUGGACCACGUGAACGAGGUGAGCCAGUGGCUGGUGGGCGUCAAGCGCCUGAUCGCCGAGACGAGGAGCCUGCCUGCUGUGGAGCCAGCAGCAGCGACGGAUGGCAGCACUGACGCAGGGACUGGCCAGGAGGAUCCCUGA